UUAUUGCACCAGUUCAGCAGUGCAGCUGAAAGGAACAGACCAAAUAUUCGAGUAAAAUAAUAAUAUCAUAUAUUAGUAGGCGACAUAUAAUACGUAUUAAAAAUAUUAUUAGUAAAUUAAUUUAUUCAAAUUACAUGUUGUAUUUUUCUUUGCCACUUUGAUGGGACAAAAUACGAAAAUAAAAAUUGCCGCCUAUAUCAAUUUUAACCACGUGUGUGUACAUAUCAGUCGACAGGAAUGAUUACAGUUUUAUGAAAUAAAGGUUGAAAAUAUAAAACAAAAUAAUAAGUAAAUAAAUAAGAUAUGGAAACAUCAUACGCGCAAUAUGUCUUAGUAAUAUCAAAAUAUUCGAUUAAAAGUUGACAAAACCAAAUAAACGACAAUUUGGUUUUAUGUAUAGAUAAAUAUUAAAGAUAAGUAAAAUAAAAUUCAAUAUUCACACGUGAAAAAAAUGAGUUUCAAUAAAAGCAAGGAAAUUAUCGAAGAAGGAGACGUUGUUAUCUUAUAUUUGAAACCAAACAAUAUGCACUCGCUAGAAGUAAAGGCGAAAAUAUUGAACAAGAAGGGUGAGAUAAUCGACAAUGUAUUUCAAACUGUAUACGGUGCACUGAAGGUCUUCUCACUUGUUGGACAAAGAUAUGGAUCAAAAGUGGAACUAUCUCGAGGCUGGGCAUAUGUGUUGCAACCAACACCAGAGCUUUGGACACUGACGCUGCCACAUAGAACACAAAUUAUUUAUAGUCCAGAUAUUAGUCUCAUUAUAUAUUUAAUGGAACUUAAACCAGGAAGUAUAGUUAUUGAAACAGGAACAGGCAGUGGUUCUUUAUCUCAUUCGUUGAUUCGAACAAUACGCCCAAGUGGUCAUUUGUAUACUUUUGAUUUUCACGAACAACGUGUUUCUCUUGCUAGCGUGGAGUUUGAUAAACAUGGUCUAUGUGAUUAUGUGACUGUAAAGGAGAAGGAUGUUUGUUUGGAAGGAUUUGGAGAAGAACUAAGGCACAAAGUUGAUGCAGUCUUUCUGGAUCUUCCACAUCCAUGGUUAGCUAUAGAACAUGCUAUUGUUGCUUUAAAAAAGACAGGUGGAAAACUCUGUUUCUUUUCUCCUUGCAUUGAGCAAGUUCAACGUACUUGUACAAAACUUGCACUUGAGGGAUUUGUAGAAUUAAAUACAUACGAAUGUUUACAAAGAGAAGUUAAUGUUCACUAUAAAUCUUUACCGGUCCUGGAUUUGGAGUGCUUGAAAUACAAGCAUUCGAAUGAGGACAUGGCACAGAAAAACGAAAAAGAAAGACAAGAAGAAAAGCUCCUUACAGUUACUCAUUCUCACUCGUUACCUGGUCACACGGGUUUCAUUACGAUCGCCACUCUACCCCCUAAUUAUGUACGCAAAUAAAAAAAAAUAUUAAAUUAAACGGCGUAAAAAUUUUGAUCAAUGUGAAGUGAACGAUGGCUAACGUAUGGAACUGCGACAUGCGCGAUACGAUGCUGUGUGACACUGAUUAAGUAGAAUUCACGGAGUAAUUUCAAGCGAAUGACACAGGAAAAAACAAACAGUAGAAUGUAAGUAAUAAGCGAAUUAACCGAUCACAUUACUUGGAAUGUUAUCAUUAAAUAACAUUACUUAGAAGACUAUUAUGUUGAGAUUCUCGAUUGUGAUUGAUCAAUUCGUUUACUGCUGAAAUUUUUGUAUGCUAUGAUCUAUACUGCCACACUAAAUGGAGAUUCUGCGAUUUUUGAACCUCAGUUUCUCAGACAAUUUCCUUAUGGUUUGUUCCACUAAAGUAUCUUUUUCUUUCCAAGCAUUAUUGCGGCGUGAGAUUUUAGGAGAUACAAUCCUUGUUAUCUGCACAACAAAUAUACAGAAAAUGUUACAAUAUAGAGUGAGAAUUAGAAUGUUAGAAAAAACAUCUGAAUUCUAUGAAUUCCACGAGUUUCCCACAAUAUUAUAUAUGCUUGGAAUAUUUCAUAGUAUUGAAUAAUUUUAACUGAACUAAAUACGAAAAACUAAAUACUCAUACAUUUUAGACAUUUUAUGUGUCUGGCUUGCUUGGACUCCAACUGAGGUAAUCAUCCCGAGUUGCUGCUUGGUAUUCCUUUACUAAAUACUCUACGACCUCUCGCGAAUUGUCCAGCUCGUCAAGAUUGUCUUCAAACAUUUUCUCUUUGCGAAAUUGUUCCAAGAAUGCUUCACGUUUACGUAGUUUAUCAUAUUGUUGUAAAGCUCUGUCAAACAGCUGAAACGUUUUAUCACAUUUAGUUUUAUAUAUCGUAUUUUAAUAUCAAAUCUUUAUAAUUGGAUAAAUAAUAGUUAAGUAAUCGAUACUUGCCGAUGAUAUGUUAGUGUGAUUGGCUAACAUUAAACCAGACACACGAUGCGUGCUUUGUAUAUAAGGCGAUUUCCUUGAAAGAGCUACUUGGAUACUAGCUGGACCCCAAGGAAUAAACUGUGCGAGUUUUCGCUCUCUAA